GGCUCGAGCGUUCGCUUCCCGCCGGAGCAUUUUUUGCGGCGCACCUGCGAGGCUGGGUCUGCGGGCAAGAUGGAGUUAGUGCAGGUCCUGAAGCGCGGGCUGCAGCAGGUUUCCGGCCACGGCGGUCUCAGCGGCUAUCUUCGCAUUUUCUUCAGGGCAAAUGAUGUGAGGGUCGGCACACUAGUGGGUGAAGAUAAAUAUGGAAACAAGUACUAUGAAGACAACAAGCAAUUCUUUGGCCGUCACCGAUGGGUUAUAUAUACUACUGAAAUGAAUGGCAAAAACACAUUCUGGGAUGUGGAUGGAAGCAUGGUGCCCCCUGAAUGGCACCGUUGGCUUCACUGUAUGACUGAUGAUCCUCCAACAACAAAACCACCUACUCCUCGUAAAUUCAUCUGGACAAACCAUAAAUUCAACGUGAGUGGCACUCCACAACAAUAUGUACCUUAUUCGACCACUAGAAAGAAGAUUCAUGAGUGGGUCCCACCUUCAACACCUUACAAAUAAUAGCAGAAACAAUAUAAACAUGCAAAAUAUGGGACUUUUCAUGUAACUACACUUUUACUGAUUAUUAAGUCAAUUAAAAUUGUUUGA